AUGAACGCCCUCUCCUCUGCCACCCCAACCCUGUGGCCGCGGGAUGCCCUCCUGUUCGCCGUGGACAACCUGAACCGUGUGGAAGGGCUACUACCAUACAAUCUGUCUUUGGAAGUAGUGAUGGCCAUCGAGGCGGGCCUGGGCGAUCUGCCACUUAUGCCCUUCUCUUCCCCAAGCUCGCCGUGGAGCAGUGACCCUUUCUCCUUUCUGCAGAGCGUGUGCCACACAGUAGUGGUACAAGGGGUUUCGGCGCUGCUGGCCUUUCCCCAGAGCCAGGGUGAGAUGAUGGAGCUAGACUUGGUCAGUUCUGUCCUGCACAUCCCAGUGCUGAGCAUAGUGCGCCACGAGUUUCCGCGGGAGAGUCAGAAUCCCCUGCACCUACAACUGAGUUUAGAAAAUUCACUAAGUUCUGAUGCUGAUGUCACUGUCUCAAUCCUGGCCAUGAACAACUGGUACAAUUUUAGUUUGUUGCUAUGCCAGGAAGACUGGAAUAUCACCGAGUUCCUCCUCCUUACUGAGAAUAACUCUAAGUUCCACCUUGGGUCUAUCAUCAACAUCACUGCUAACCUGUCUUCCACCAAGGACCUUCUAAGCAUCCUGCAGGUCCAGCUGGAGCAAGUUAAGAACAGCACACCCACGAUGGUAAUGUUUGGUUGCGACAUGGAGAAUAUCCGGCAGAUUUUUGAAAUUUCAACUCAGUUUGGGCUAUCAACUCCUGAGCUUCACUGGGUUCUAGGAGACUCCCAGAAUGUGGAGGAACUGAGGACAGAAGGCCUGCCCUUAGGGCUCAUUGCACAUGGAAAAACAACACAGUCUGUCUUUGAGUACUACGUUCAGGAUGCCAUGGAGUUGGUUGCAAGAGCUGUAGCCACCGCCACGAUGAUCCAGCCAGAACUUGCUCUCCUUCCCAGCACAAUGAACUGCAUGGAUGUGAAAACCACAAAUCUGACUUCUGGACAGUAUUUAUCAAGGUUUUUAGCCAACACCACUUUCAGAGGUCUCAGUGGUUCCAUCAAAGUAAAAGGUUCUACCAUCAUCAGCUCAGAAAACAACUUUUUCAUCUGGAAUUUGCAGCAUGACCCUAUGGGAAAGCCAAUGUGGACUCGCCUGGGCAGCUGGCAAGGGGGAAGGAUUGUCAUGGACUCUGGAAUAUGGCCAGAGCAGGCCCAGAGGCACAAAACCCACUACCCGCACCCACAUAAGUUACACUUAAGAGUGGUGACCUUGAUUGAACACCCAUUCGUUUUCACAAGAGAAGUAGAUGAUGAAGGCUUAUGCCCUGCUGGACAACUCUGUCUAGACCCUAUGACUAAUGACUCUUCAAUAUUGGACAGUCUGUUUAACAGCCUCCAUAGCAGCAAUGAUACAGUGCCAAUCCAAUUCAAGAAGUGCUGUUAUGGGUAUUGCAUUGAUCUGCUGGAACAGUUAGCAGAAGACAUGAACUUUGACUUUGACCUCUACAUUGUAGGGGAUGGAAAGUAUGGAGCUUGGAAAAAUGGUCAUUGGACUGGGCUGGUUGGUGAUCUCCUGAGUGGAACUGCCAACAUGGCAGUCACUUCUUUUAGCAUCAAUACUGCACGAAGCCAGGUGAUAGAUUUCACCAGCCCUUUCUUCUCAACCAGUUUGGGCAUCUUAGUAAGGACUCGAGACACAGCAGCUCCAAUUGGAGCCUUCAUGUGGCCACUUCACUGGACCAUGUGGCUGGGGAUUUUCGUGGCCCUGCAUAUCACUGCCAUCUUUCUCACUCUGUAUGAAUGGAAGAGCCCCUUUGGUAUGACUCCUAAGGGGCGGAAUAGAAACAAAGUCUUCUCCUUCUCCUCUGCCUUGAACGUCUGCUAUGCCCUUCUGUUUGGCAGAACAGCUGCCAUCAAACCUCCAAAAUGCUGGACCGGAAGAUUUCUGAUGAAUCUUUGGGCCAUUUUCUGUAUGUUUUGCCUUUCUACAUACACGGCAAAUUUGGCUGCUGUCAUGGUAGGUGAGAAGAUCUAUGAAGAGCUUUCUGGAAUUCAUGACCCUAAGCUUCAUCACCCUUCUCAAGGCUUCCGUUUUGGAACUGUCCGGGAAAGCAGUGCUGAAGACUAUGUACGGCAGAGCUUCCCAGAGAUGCACGAGUACAUGAGAAGGUACAACGUACCAGCCACCCCUGAUGGAGUGCAGUAUCUGAAGAAUGAUCCAGAGAAACUAGAUGCCUUCAUCAUGGACAAAGCCCUUCUGGAUUAUGAAGUAUCAAUUGAUGCCGACUGCAAGCUUCUGACUGUGGGAAAGCCUUUUGCCAUUGAAGGAUAUGGCAUUGGUCUCCCUCCCAACUCUCCAUUGACCUCUAACAUAUCUGAGCUCAUCAGUCAAUACAAGUCUCACGGGUUUAUGGAUGUGCUACAUGACAAGUGGUACAAGGUGGUUCCCUGCGGAAAGAGAAGCUUUGCUGUCACUGAGACUUUGCAAAUGGGCAUCAAGCAUUUCUCUGGACUCUUCGUGCUGCUGUGCAUUGGAUUUGGCCUCUCCAUCUUGACAACCAUUGGUGAACACAUAGUGUACAGACUGCUGCUACCAAGAAUCAAAAACAAAUCUAAGCUGCAAUACUGGCUGCACACCAGUCAGAGAUUGCACAGAGCAUUAAACACAUCAUUUGUAGAAGAAAAGCAGCCACAUUUCAAGACAAAACGUGUGGAAAAGAGAUCCAACAUGGGACCCCAGCAGCUCAUGGUGUGGAAUACUUCUAAUCUGAGUCAUGACAACCAACGAAAAUACAUCUUUAGUGACGAGGGAGGACAAAAUCAGCUGGGUGCCCAGACCCACCAGGACAUCCCUCUCCCUCCAAGAAGAAGAGAGCUCCCUGCCUCACUGACCACCAAUGGGAAAGCAGACUCCCUCAAUAUAGCCCGGAACUCAGUAAUGCAGGAACUCUCCGAGUUGGAGAAGCAGAUCCAAGUGAUCCGCCAAGAGUUGCAGUUGGCUGUAAGCAGGAAAACAGAGCUGGAGGAGUAUCAAAGGACAAAUCGGACUUGCGAAUCCUAGGUAGUGCCAUGACCCCCCUUUCUCAGCCCUUGGCAUUCUGAAGCCUUGGAGGCACUUUGUAAAGCU